AUGGCUGACGAGAACACCAACGUUCAUGGUACAGAUGUAUUUGAUUUUGGAGAUAUGGGUGUUGAUAUUGCAGCCCUGGGGAAUGAACUAGACGCUCCCAUUGACGAAACGUUUACCGAUAGCGACAUGACCAAUCCUGAAUUAUUGGGCGAAUUAGAAGCUCUGACUUCGGGGCCUUCGUCGAACCCUACACGACAAGAGGAGGUUCCAGUGAACUCUGUUCAAGUGCCGACGACGGAAGCUGUUGAUGAAUCGGUUGCGAAUGCCGAGAAAAUUGCGCAACUUAAUAGUUUAAGAAAUCGUCUGCAACAAUACAGAAGCGCUGCGUUGAGGUAUAAGAAGGCACAAAAUCGUCAGCGCGUUGAGCAAAUGCUACGAGUUUAUGACAGCGUAAAUCAACAAAUUAAGACUUUAGAAAGCGGAGGACAAUUAGCAGCUGAUUUUGCAUUACCGGCUGAACCAGAUCUGUCUGACUUGACCGUUUCAGAUUCAUCUCAACCUGCCGGACCAUCUCUUGCGCCGACUGCCACACCGCCUGCAGCACCCCCUGCCACACCGCCUGCCAAACCACUCGCCAAACCAACUAUCACAACACCUGUACCAGCUACUCCGGCACCUGCGAAGCCUGUAGCCGCUAGUACUCCAAGAGCAACCUUGAACCAGAUUAACCUUGCUACAGUGAAUAGCGUAAAUUUUGUUGAUGAAGACAGACUUUUAAGCACGAUGUCUAAGCAGGAGCAGUAUGAACAUUUGCUUUCGAAGCUCAAAUCUCAGAUUGAGCUUUGUCAGACUUUAAUGAAAUAUUAUUACAAGACUGGAAAUAAGAACACAGCGGCGUUAUAUUUACGGUUUAAGAAGGUCUUCAUGGCCGAUUAUGAUUCUUUAGCAUCACUACGUGAUCACAAGCAAAAUAUUCCCGCGUAUCACUUUCAAGAAGUAACCUAUACUGUUGAGAACGCGUUUCUAGAACUGUCGCCAAAUGAGCUGGACGUUCGCGUAGAACGCGCAUGGAAUUUAGGACAUAAGGACGUUCCUGGUAGAGAUGUUGUUGCUUAUGUUAAUUGGGAUAUUGGAUGGCCUUCAGAUAAUAAUUCCGGAUCAAGCAAAGGCAAAGGGGAGACCCCUUCAGCUAAGAAGGGUAUGGAACCAGGGAUGAUUUGGAAACCGAUAUCACUGGGCAAAGCAGUACUUAAAUUAGAUGGCCUUCUAAAGAAAGCUGAAAUUCAUGAAGUUUUGGAGGACAAUAUGAGUUCAGCAUUGUGUGACAAUCGCAAACCCACUGGCGGCAAGUUGGAAGUGCGUAUACGUCUGCAAACACCUCUUGAAGAAGCUGAGGUUGUUACUAGAACAGAAAAGUGGUUGAUAAUAGAUGAGUUCAAUAGGAACAAUCCUGUAUUUUCAGCACUUCAAACAUUAUCAGCUCAGACUGCAAACGAGGCAGGAAUGUCAAUGAUACCUUCGACUCCUUCAACUCCCAGUCAAACUCCCAUUUCAUCAUCUACAAGAGCCGAUUCCAUAUCAACUUCUUCACAACAGAGAAAUAAUGUAGCUCAUACUAGAAACAAGACACCACCUCAACAACAACAUCAGGAUAAAAAUAACGAAUCUUCACUUGAAAAAUCAAAUGAACUUGAACAGGCUGAAGAGGAAUUGAAUAGUGUGGAAAGCCUAAUAUCAAAUCUUGUACUUGAGAAAGAGAUGGCUUUGGUUGAUAGUAAAAUUGAUACUUUCAAGACACAACAUAAACCUGUUCCUGAAGAUCUUAUUGAUCGUAAACAAGCUUUAGAAAUCAAGAUGUCCCUUUUAGUCAUCCAAGUGGAAUCUGGACAGUUGACUAUGGAUCAGUAUAUAGCACAGGUUAAAGCAAGUAUCUUGAAACAUAAAAAGCUUGCAUUAUUAUUUAAAGGUGCAGGCAGAUUGGAUGAAGCAAAACAAGCGCUAGCAAGAAGCAAAAUUAUGGAAAAAGAGGUAAAAGAAGUAGAAGAUGCCAUGGCAAAUGGCCCUCUUAAGAGAACGAAAACCACAUAUACAAUUUCACCAGGGGAACUGUUAAAACCUGCGCGGAAACCGUUUGUCCUAUAUGAGAGAGGUCCGGAAUGGGAAACGCCACUCGGGAAAACAGUUCGAACGGCUCAAGCACAAUAUCCUGAUAGUGUCGUGUUAACGCGUGUUGGUGGUUUCUGGGAGUUAUAUUUCGAACAAGCCGCUGAGGUGGCUCCGCUCCUUGAUAUAAAGCUCACGCGAAGAAAAUUUGGCUCGCAAUAUUUCCCAUUUGCCGGCUUUCGUCUUUCUCUUAUCGAUCGCCAUCUUGAGACGCUUGUCAACAAGUUAGGUCGAUCAGUUGUCAUAUGUGAAGAAGUACCGAAUGAGAAUGAAGAGGACAGACUCAAGUUUAAUCGUGUCGUCAGUCGUAUAAUUACUCCAGGCACUCUUAUUGAUGAAAGCUUUCUUGAACAUAAUACGAACAAUUUCCUACUUGUUGUAGCCUUUGAUGAAGAAAAGGACUCUGUAGGCCUAGCCUGGGUAGAUAUUUCCACUGGAGAUUUCUUUGUGCAAAAUUCGAACAUAGAGUCAUUGUCGAGCGAUCUUGCACGUAUACGCCCGAGAGAGAUACUGCUUAGUGAUGUGUGUAAGUUAGUGGAUACCCAUCCACUGUGGCGACAUAUUGACAAGAACCAGUAUUUCAUCACAUACGUGCCAUGGAAUUUCUUUGAUGUGGGUACUGAUGCACCAGACUUGACGGAAUACACAAAGAUCGAAUUAGGAGCUACCACCGCGCUCAAAAAGUAUGUCGAAAACAAUCUCAUGGGUCGAGAAGUCAAAUUUAAUCCGCCCAUGAGGAUAAACGCGCAUGAGACAAUGAUUAUCGAUGAAACAGCUCUGAAUUCAUUGGAGAUUACCACUUCUAUGCGGGAGAAAAACAGAAAAGGAAGUUUAUUAGAUGCUAUUGACCGCACGAGAACAAUGUCGGGUGCGCGUAAUCUCACUCGAUGGUUAUGUCACCCUUCAACUUCCACAUCAAUAAUCAACACUCGCUUAGAUUUAGUAGAAUAUUUUUACAAGAACACUCAUUUGCUUAGUGAUAUUCGCGAAUUGCUUGGAGAAUGUGAUGAUGCACAAAGAGUGUGUCAGCGACUUUCACUUCAACGUGGAGGCGCAGACGAUCUGAUAAAGUUUAGGAGAACGGCGGACGCCAUGAUAAGAGUGAAAGCGCGUAUCAAAGCUGACCCAGGAAGCGUGGAGAAUGCGAGUGUUCAAGCUUUUUUGGAGCGCUUAAAACCGCAACAUGAUCUCAUAAAGGUGAUAUCUAAAGCAAUUGAUGAAGACGCGUUAAACAGGUUGAAAGAAUAUCAAGAAAAAGCCGAAGAUGAAAUUGAUUCGGAAUUGAAUAUGGAGGAAGUUGAUAAUGCGAAUAAUGAGCCAGAAGUGCCUGCCAAGUCGAGGAAAAAGGCGACACCUCGGAAAAAAGUCAAAUCAUCAUUGGCAGUUUACGAUGAACUAGAUACACUUUUGGCUGCUGACAACUGGGUGAUAAAAAAAGAUGCCUCUCCGAGAAUGACGCAGAUGCAUAAACAAUUGGAAAGUUUGUACCGUCAAAAGAUUGAACUGCAAAAAAAAUGGCGAGCUGACUACAAAUCAACUACUCUUGAGCUUCGUUCUAAUCCAAAGUACGGGUUUAUUGUUGUAAUACGCCGCACUACUGGUUCAGACUUGCCGAACGAUGCAAUAUUAAUAAAACAACAGGGGAAAAUUAAUUGGUACAUUGCACCGCAAUGGACUGCCUUGGGUGGAAAAAUCGAAACACUGAAGGCCUCAAUAAAACAGGAGGAGACAUUAAUAUAUGCGGAAAUACGAGCUAAGGUCCUGGAUAAAUGGUUGGAGACUUUACAAAAUUGUUUCAUCCUUGAUGAAUUGGAUGUUGCAUCUUCUCUUGCCCUUGUAGCCAAGGAGCAAGGGUUUGUUCGGCCAGUUCUCAAUAACGGGACUUCACAUCGGAUUGUUGGUGGGCGACAUCCUAUAGUGGAAGGUGGAUUAAGGUCUAAAGGAAGACAAUUUUAUCAAAACGAUUGUCAUGUAGGCGAGCAAGAGCGGCUUUGGGUUAUAACAGGGACCAUGUAUAGACCUAAUAUGGGAGGGAAAAGUACUUUCCUACGACAGAAUGCUAUAAUAUCUAUAUUAGCACAAAUCGGCUCUUUUGUACCAGCUGACUAUGCAGAAAUUGGAAUUGUCGACAAAGUUUUUAGCAGAGUUGGAGGCUCAGACAGCAUAUAUCAGGAUCAAUCGACAUUUAUGGUUGAAAUGAUGGAGACAGCUCAUAUUCUAAGACAUGCAACUCACCGAUCAUUUGUGAUUAUGGACGAGGUUGGCAGAGGAACGACAGCACUGGAUGGAAUCGCAAUAUCAUUUGCGACUUUAUAUCAUUUAUAUUAUAAUAAUCGAUGUAGAACACUGUUUGCCACGCAUUUUCAUGAAUUAGCUGAUAUGAUAAAACAUUUUGAGUGUGCCGGUUGCUAUUGUACCGAUCUUAAAGAGGAUAAGGAUGGAAGUUUCCAGUUCCUACAUAAAGUCCGACGUGGUGUGAACUGGACCUCUGCUGCAUUAAAAGUCGCCAAGUCUGCAGAUAUGCCCCAAUUAGUUCUUAAUACUGCAGAGCAGAUACGGAGCUAUUUGAAGGAGAAUGUAAAGCCGUUUACUCUGGAAGAAUCUUUUCGAAACAGCUUUGGUGACAUAUGA